UGCUACUCCACCCCCUGAGCGUGAGUUGUGUUGAAGAUAAUAAUAGAAACAGGGCAGGGUCCAACAGACAAACGCGCUUCACUCGAGUGCGAUUUCGCAAUUUAAUGACAUAAACACAAUGACAUGAACAGGAACGACAAGGACUGAGAAAACGCGUUUGAUGUCUCUCAGUGAAACGGCUUGACACGAUGCACGCGGAGUUUAGCGAUCGACAGAACUGCGUUACUUCAGAAACUAUAACGUUACAUGCGCUCAUAUAAAGGAGCGCAAGUUCUUCGGAAUCGCUUGUGUUUCAGGACAUCGGUGAAUUUUCGAGAGUGUAAUAUCGUUUCUUCGAGUCGUGACGAGCGUGUCCACGAUCAGUCCUUGAUCUAUGCAGUUAUUCAAUUCUUGCCAUUUUUUUCCCGUCUAGACCUAUAUGCUGCUGAGCGGAUUUUUAAAUUUUCAUCUAAAAAUAAAACGAUAAUCGCCUUUAUUGAAGGCUGUCGGUGCUUAUGACAUCGCGCCAUUUAUUUGUUCGUCUGGUGCCAGCUACCAGGAAUGCCAGCUAUGAAGUGUGCCGGUUGAGAAGCUGUACUGUUGGGGUUGGGGUCUUUUAACAAACUGAUGAAAACAUGAAUUCAGAUCUGGAGGCCAUUUCUCUUUCCGUACCCUCUCUUGACCAACGCUUAGACAUGAUGGGAGGGAGUAAUGGAGAAUCCAGUGGCAGCAUGAAUCCUGGUGCUGGGACCUUCUGGCAGGAUCCCUCCAUCUGUAAAAGCGCCAACCCUGGGGUGAUCAGUUUGCCCUCGGACAGUGGGACCUUGUUGACCACGGGUAAAUGUAAGAACCGAGCCGUACAAGUGGCCUACGUGAGGAACUCUGAGACGAGCCAACCUCACAGCUCGGAGAACAUGGCUUUACAGUGUCUGAAGGAUGCUUGUGACAUAGUGGGAUUUAAACUAGAUGUAGUCCCCUUUGGGAAGCUGGACUUUGGUGAAACAUCAGUUCUUGAUCACUUUUACAAUGCAGAUAUUGCAGUGGUUGAAAUGACAGAUGCAUUUCGGCAGCCCUCUCUCUUCUAUCACUUGGGUGUGAGAGAGAGUUUCAGCAUGGUCAACAACAUCAUUCUUUAUUGUGAUCUCAACUCAGACUCGCUGCACUCUCUUCAGGAGGUGAUAUGUCAGAAGAAUAUGACAUGUGCCGCUAACUACACAUUCAUUGCAUACAUGGUGACGCCUCAGAAUAAGGUGUAUUGCUGUGAGAGCAGUCUGAUGAAGGGUUUGAGUGAACUGAUGCAGCCCAGCUUUGAGGCCCUGCUGGGGCCCAUCUGCAUGCCACUGCUGGACAGACUCACUCAACUGCUCACCAGCUGCAAGACCAACACCUGCCAGUACUUCCGUGAGACGGUUCUGAAUGAGAUUCGUAAAGCGCGUGAGCUUUACACCGGAGCAGAGCUAGCGGCUGAACUCAGACGGAUCCAGCAGCGGCUCGAUAACGUAGAGUGUCUUUCAGCCGAUGUCGUCAUCAACCUCCUUCUGUCAUACAGAGAUAUUCAGGAUUAUGAAUCCAUUGUGAAGUUAGUUGAAACACUGGAAAAGCUGCCGACCUUUGACCCAGUGGCUCAUCCUCACAUAAAGUUCCACUACGCCUUUGCCCUCAACAGGAGGAACCUACCAGGAGACAGACAGAAGGCUUUGGACACUAUGUUGCCAUUAGUGAACUCUGAUGAGCAGGUGGCAUCUGAUAUUUAUUGUUUGGUAGGCAGAAUCUAUAAAGAUAUGUUCCUGGACUCUCAUUUCACCGACACGGAUAGCAGAGAUCAAGGCAUACACUGGUUUAGAAAAGGUUUUGAAUCAGAGCCCACACUGCACUCUGGUAUAAACUAUGCAGUGCUGCUACUGGCUGCCGGACAUCAGUUUGACUCCUCCUUUGAACUGCGUAAAGUAGGUGUGAAGUUGAGCAGUCUCUUGGGGAGGAAGGGCAGUUUGGAUAGAUUACAGAGUUACUGGGAUGUGGGAUUCUUUCUCGGGGCUAGUAUUCUCGCCUGUGACAACACACGAGUCAUCCAGGCCUCUGAGAAACUCUUCAAAAUUAAAGCUCCCAUUUGGUAUCUACGCUCACUGGUUGAGACCAUCCUCAUCUAUAAGCACUUUACAAAACCAACCACUGAGCCACAGGCCCCUAAACAAGAGCUUGUGGACUUCUGGAUGGACUUUAUGGUGGAAGCCACCAAAAAGGAUGUGACAUCUGUCCGUUUUCCUGUAUUGAUAUUGGAGCCCACUAAAGUGUACCAGCCAUCUUACCUCUCAAUCAACAAAGAUGUGGAAGAGAACACACUAUCCAUCUGGCAUGUGACCCCUGAUGACAAAAGUAGUGGGAUCCACGAGUGGAACUUCAAUGCAACAUCAGUACGAGGUGUGAGCAUCUCCAAAUUCGAUGAGCGCAGCUGUUUUCUGUAUGUGGUGAACAACUCAGAAGACUUCCAAAUCUAUUUUUGCACAGAGAUGCACUGCAAAAGGUUCUGUGAUCUGGUAAACUCUCUCACCGAGGAGGCCUGGAAAGGCUCAGAAGAGAAUGAGUGUGAAUCCGAGGCUUUAGAGUAUGAUUAUGAAUACGAUGAGCACGGUGAGAGGAUGGUUCUGGGUAAGGGUACAUUUGGGGUAGUCUAUGCCGGUCGUGACCUCAGUAACCAGGUGCGCUUAGCCAUCAAAGAGAUUCCUGAACGGGACAGUAGAUAUUCACAGCCUCUGCAUGAAGAAAUCGCCCUGCAUAAACACCUCAAGCACAAGAACAUCGUGCAGUACCUAGGCUCCAUCAGCGAAAAUGGCUUUAUCAAGAUCUUCAUGGAGCAGGUGCCUGGAGGCAGUCUAUCAGCAUUGCUCAGGUCAAAGUGGGGUCCUCUAAAAAACAAUGAACCAACUAUCGGUUUCUACACCAAACAGAUACUGGAGGGUCUCAAAUACCUGCAUGACAACCAGAUAGUUCACAGAGACAUUAAGGGGGAUAAUGUCCUGAUAAACACCUACAGUGGAGUUUUGAAAAUCUCUGAUUUUGGAACAUCCAAACGUCUGGCCGGAAUAAACCCCUGCACUGAAACCUUUACUGGUACGUUACAGUACAUGGCCCCUGAAAUCAUAGAUAAAGGGCCGCGUGGGUACGGCAAGCCAGCAGACAUCUGGUCUCUGGGCUGCACCAUUAUAGAAAUGGCUACUGGGAAACCACCCUUUUAUGAGCUGGGGGAACCGCAAGCAGCAAUGUUCAAGGUUGGGAUGUUUAAAAUCCAUCCGGAGAUUCCUGACUCUAUGUCCACUGAAGCUAAAGCAUUUAUCCUGCGCUGUUUCGAGCCUGAUCCAGACAGCCGAGCCACGGCCAACGAUCUGCUCACCCACGAAUUCCUCACUGUUACAUCGCGCAAAAAACGAUCAAAGAACAGCAGUUUCACAGCUCUUACGCCAGGAACUGAGUAUCUGCGUAGCAUAUCUCUUCCCGUUCCCGUUGUGGUCGAAGACACCAGCAGCAGCAGUGAAUACGGAUCUGUCUCGCCUGACAAUGAGCUCUGCACAAACCCCUUCAACUUCAAACCCAGCACCAAGUGCUACAGCGAGAGAGAGGUCAAAGGUCAUCGCUCCCUCUUCCUGAGUAUUCCUGUGGAGAACUUUGAAGACCACAGCGCACCACCUUCCCCAGAAGAGAAGGACUCUGGUUUCUUCAUGCUGAGGAAAGACAGUGAAAGGAGAGCGACUUUACACCGAAUCCUGACUGAGGACAGAGAGAAAAUAGUGCAUCAUCUGCAAGAAGCGCUUACACAGGGGUCUGAGGAGACCAAACUGAAACAUCAGCAUAUCUACACACUGGUUACAAGUCUGGGAGAUUUUGUGAGGAUGGUGGACAGAAAAAUAAUUGCCAGAACCCUCUCUCAGCUCAAACUAGAGCUUGACUUUGACAGCACAGCGAUCAGCCAACUCCAGGUGGCGCUCUUCGGCUUCCAGGAUGCGGUAAAUAAAGUCCUGCAUAACCACAACAUAAAGCCGCACUGGAUGUUUGCCCUGGAUAACAUCAUUCGAAAGGCUGUGCAGACUGCCAUCAUCAUAUUAGUACCUGAAUUGCGGCCACACUUCACCCUGGCGUCUGAUCAAGAGGACAUUGAUGACGACACAGUUCCUCAGGGGAACGCUGCCCUUAAGGAUAUAGCGCCGCCUGUCGCUCAUCAUGACGACACUGUGGCCACAUCUGGAGUGAGCACGCUCAGUUCAACAGUUUCCCACGAGUCUCAGAGCGCUCAGCGAUCAAUCAGCAUGCAGCUGGGUCGCAUGAAGCUGGAAACCAAGAGGCUGUUGGAGGAAUUAAUAGAGAAGGAGAGAGAGUAUCAGGCCAUAGUACAGCAAGUGCUGGAGGAGAGAGAACAAGAGAUCAAACUAUUGAAGUGUCGAUCCAGGCCUGCCGAUGUUCCUGCACACUUCAUGAGCACAAGUAGUUCAUUUGACCGAGAGGGAGACCAGGAACUUCUGGAAUGGCUUAAAAACCAUGGGGCAGAUGCAGAUUCCAUAGAGAGGAUUAUAGCUGAAGAUUACAGUCUUGAUGACAUCCUUCAUUAUGUCACAAGAGAUGACUUGAAGAGUUUGAGAUUACGAGGUGGAGUCCUGUGUAAACUCUGGAACGCUAUCACCGAGCACAGAAAGAAGCCAGGCUGAAGACGACAGCCACGUAUAGGUGCCAUCCAGACCCUGCUCACGUUUGAGACAUAACCAAAUAUUGAAUGGGAUCAAUUCAAGUCUUUGUGAUAAUUCAUAUCACAUGUAAAUAUGUGUUUUACCUUUUUUAUUCGUCUGUGAAAUUGCAGUUGUACAAGUGACUGUAAAUUAACUGUUGAAGAUCCACACAUUUGAUACGUGAGCGCUGUUACGACAUCUUUAUACAGGAAGCUUGUUUUAUUUUUGAUAUUUGUUUACAGAAACAUGUCUUGACCUGCCUGAGAACCUUUUUCAACCCAAAUCCCUUCUCCUUUCAGAAAAAGACACUGAAACUAAACAUAUACGAGUCUGUGUGUGUGUGUGUAUAUUUUAGAUUUUUUUUCAUGUAUCAUUUAUAAGGUAUAUUGUCACAUAAUAUGCCUUUUUUUU